AUGCCUGUCGUGCCGCCCGAGAAGCUCAUCAAGCUUCAGCAUGCCGCCGAUGGCAUUCGAAACAUUUGCAUUCUCGCCCACGUCGACCAUGGCAAGACGUCGCUAUCGGAUGCCCUCAUCGCCACAAAUGGAAUCAUCUCACCAAAGCUGGCUGGUAGGAUCCGCUACCUCGACUCGCGCCCCGAUGAACAGCUCAGAGGAAUCACCAUGGAGUCUUCGGCCAUCUCCUUGUACUUUUCGCUGUUGAAACGCUCUCAGCCAGACACCCAACCCGAGCAGAAAGAAUACCUUAUCAACCUCAUAGACUCUCCCGGCCACAUAGACUUCAGCAGUGAGGUGUCCACUGCUUCGAGACUGUGCGAUGGUGCUGUUGUGCUGGUAGACGCCAUCGAGGGUGUCUGUAGUCAAACUGUCACCGUCUUGCGACAAUGUUGGAACGAGAAGCUCAAGCCUUUGCUUGUCAUCAACAAGAUGGAUCGUCUGAUCACCGAAUGGAAGAUGGGUCCUCACGAGGCCUACAUACACUUGAACAAGACCAUCGAGCAAGUGAACGCUGUCAUGGGUAGCUUUUUCCAAGGUGAGCGUAUGGAGGACGACUUGCGCUGGCGCGAGAGGGUCGAAGAGCGUGUGAGCGCAAAGUCCACAAAGGACACUGUCGUCGAUGAUGAUUCGAAUCUCUCCACCUCUGAUGUCCCUGCCGAAUAUGAGGAGAAGAGUGACGAGCACAUUUACUUUGCUCCCGAGAACAACAAUGUCAUCUUUAGUAGUGCCAUCGACGGAUGGGCUUUUACUCCUCGCCAGUUCGCUGCUAUUUACGACAAGAAACUUGGUAUGAAGCGCGAGAUUCUGGAGAAGACCCUCUGGGGCGACUUCUACCUUGAUCCCAAGACUAAACGUGUGCUUGGAAGCAAGCACUUGAAGGGCAGAAACUUGAAGCCCAUGUUUGUCCAGCUGGUUCUCGAGCCCAUCUGGGCCGUCUAUGAAGCCACCACUGGCGGAGAUCACGGAAAGNNGGGUAUGUUGCUAUACCUGUCUAUUCACUAUGCGAGUCCAUCGACUAACCUGACCAGUGACCCGGCUCUCCUCGAGAAGAUCACAAAGUCCUUGAACCUUACCAUUCCCCAACACAUCAAGCGCUCACGCGACCCUCGUGCCUUACUAACAACAGUCUUUGCAAGUUGGCUCCCCCUAUCUACAGCUCUUCUCGUGUCGGUAAUCGAACAUUUGCCUUCUCCUGUCAAUGCUCAAGCAGCUCGUAUUCCACCUCUUCUUGAGGCGUCACCGGGCGCUGAUCAUAUCGAUCCAAAGGUAACUACUGCCAUGACAGAAUCUAGAAAAUCGACAGAGGAACCUGUUGUCGCGUAUGUCAGCAAGAUGGUAUCAGUGCCCGAGAGUGAACUUCCCAUCAACAAGCGACGUGGUGGUGCACUCACUGCAGAGGAAGCUCGCGAAUUGGGUCGCAAGAAGAGAGCCGAAAUUGCCAAGGCACAAGCCCUUGCGAAUGGCGAGAAUGCAGAUGUCGACGAUAUGGCCGACGCUCUUAGCACAGUGGCUAUUGGGGAGGAUGAUGACACCGACUCCGCGCCCCAAGGUGAAGAAGCAGAGCAAGAAGACAAAGAACAUCUCAUCGGUUUUGCACGUCUGUAUUCUGGCACCUUGACUGUCGGUCAGGAGGUCUAUGUCCUUCCGCCCAAGUUUACUCCCGCCAACCCGAGAGCCGCUCCCGAGCCCAAAAAGGUCACAAUCACUGCUUUGUAUCUUCUCAUGGGUCGCAGUUUGGAGGCUCUCAACUCUGUUCCUGCAGGCUCCGUUGUCGGUAUCGGUGGUCUUGAGGGUGCUAUCCUGAAGUCGGGCACUCUCUGUUCUCAGCUCGAAGGCGCACCCAAUCUCUCGUCAUCGUCCGCCAUCAGCACUAACGCUCCCAUUGUCCGCGUUGCAGUCGAGCCCGCGUGGCCGGCAGACUUGGACAAGAUGGUCAAGGGUCUACGUCUGCUCGAACAGGCCGACCCUGCAGUCUUGUACGAACAACUCGAGAGUGGUGAGCACGUUAUUCUCACUGCUGGUGAGUUACAUCUGGAACGUUGCUUGAAGGAUCUACGUGAACGUUUCGCCAAAUGCGACGUUCAAGCUGGAGAAGUCAUUGUGCCCUACAGAGAAGGCAUCACCAACUAUGUCGCCUCGUCGACGACGGAAAACAGAGAAGAAAUGAACCCGCCCAAAUAUCCUGAGCUAGGAAGAGGUAGAGUCGACGUUGUUACCACUAGUAAGCAGAUUACAGUGCGUCUGAGUGUACGACCUCUACCUGAAACAGUCACGCACUUCCUCGUCAAGAACACGGCUGCAGUCAAGAGGCUGUAUUCCGAGAAGAAGGCAGUGCAACAAGAUACACCUGUUGUUACCGAGGAUGCCGAGGGACAUGAAACUGAACAUGAAGCCGGCAAUGAUGUCGGCACUGUCGAGUUAGGUCGAACACUGUCCAUGGAUGAAUUCAAGGCUCAACUAAGUUCAGCAUUUGCUGAAAUCAAGGGUGAGAGCGAGAUCUGGCAGGAUGCAGUCGAAAAGAUCACAGCGUUCGGACCUCGCAGGGUAGGGCCCAAUGUUCUGAUCGAUGCCACGCAAGGAGGUAUCUGCGGCAGNAUUGUAAGUGUUGAACCAGACUCCGUCAUGGGACCAGAAAUGCUAACAAUGUAUAGCCUACGCGAUGUGCAAGAGGACAACAACGACACCAACGACGGAGAUGUCCGACCAGACCAACUACGCGCUCAAGACUUUGUCGACAAAAUUACCUACGCCUUCCAGCUAGCCACAAACCAAGGCCCUCUCUGCAACGAACCCAUGCAAGGCGUCGCAGUCUUCAUCGAAGACAUCACCAUCAACAAGACCGACGACGAGCAACAAAAUAUGGGCCGUCUAACCGGCGAAGUCAUCAAAUCCACUCGCGACAGCAUCCGCAAUGGUUUCCUGGACUGGUCACCCCGUCUCCUUCUCGCCAUGUACAGUUGCGAAAUCCAAGCGUCAGCAGAAGUCCUAGGUCGCGUCUACGCAGUCAUAACCCGCCGCCGUGGCCACAUCAUCUCUGAAUCCCUCCUCGAACCCUCUCCAAACUUUACUAUUGUAGCUCUAUUGCCAGUAGCAGAAAGUUUUGGCUUUUCGGACGAAAUUCGCAAACGCACUUCUGGUGCCGCUAGCCCUCAGUUGGUGUUUGAAGGCUUUGAGAUGCUGGAUGAAGAUCCCUUCUGGGUUCCUAGGACUGAAGAGGAAAUUGAGGAUUUGGGAGAAAAGGGUGAUAGAGAAAAUGUUGCUAAACGAUACGUCGACACGGUUCGAGAGCGCAAAGGGCUGUUUGUGCAGAGGAAGGUUGUUGAGCAUGGAGAGAAGCAAAAGACACUGAAGCGGUAG